UGUGUGAACUUUGUAAAUAAGUUGUUACUUUAUUCUGUUUACGCCAAAAAUCAAGUAGCAGGUAUAAGCCACUUAAAAUUUGCCGCGAUUGUGGAAUAGGCUUAAUUCUUUUAAAUGAAAAACAAUGUCUGAAAAGAAGUUUCUGUCGAAACAGAUUCGGAUAUAUCAGCCGACUUAUCAACUGGAAUCUAGAAAAAGCUUUAACCCUGAAGAUGUUAGGAAAAUACUUCAACAACACAUUGAUUCCGAAUUACAAGAAGUCGAAUACAAUGAAAAAGUAGUUCCUGAUUUAUGCACCAGUCUCGCUGAAAACAUUAGAACAGCGAUAAAGGAGCAAAAAUAUGAUAGGUACAGGAUAAUAGUGUCGGUGACGAUAGGUCAAAAGCGGCAGCAAAGCGUUCACGUGUUCCACUCGUUCCUUUGGGACCACCAGAGAGACGGAUUUGCCGCACACAACUUUGAAAAUUGUCACAUCUAUGCAAAUGUUGUUGUUUAUGGUAUUUAUUUAGAUUGA